AUCUCCUACAAAGGAUGUGUUGCACAGCUCUUUUUUUUUGUUUUCUGCGCAAAUACAGAGUAUUUUUUCCUGACCAUCAUGUGCUAUGACCGCUACGUGUCCAUCUGCAAACCCCUGCACUAUGAGACCCUCCUGGGAAGCAGAGCUUGUGCCCACAUGGCAGCAGCUGCCUGGGCCAGUGGCUUUCUCUAUUCACUGAUGCACACAGCCAAUACAUUUUCCCUGCCCCUGUGCCAUGGCAAUAACCUGGGCCAGUUCUUCUGUGAAAUUCCUCAGAUCCUCAAGCUCUCCUGCUCCAAGUCCUAUCUCAGGGAACUGGGGCUUCUUGCUGUUAGUGCCUGUUUAGGACUUGGGUGUUUUGUGUUCAUUGUUUUCUCCUAUGUGCAGAUCUUCAGGGCUGUGCUGAGGAUCCCAUCUGAGCAGGGACGGCACAAAGCCUUUUCCACCUGCCUCCCUCACCUGGCUGUGGUCUUUUUGUUCCUCAGCACUGCAAUGUUUUCCUAUCUGAAGCCAGCCUCCAUCUCCUCCCCAUCCCUGGAUGUGGCAGUGACAGUUCUGUACUCAGUGGUGCCUCCAGCCCUUAACCCCCUCAUCUACAGCCUGAGGAACCAGGAGCUCAAGGCUGCAGAAGGUGGCUGGAGAUCCAGCCAGAGCUCAGAGCAGCUUCAUGACAGCGAGAGGCCCUAUGAGUGCUUGGUCUGUGGGAAGAUCUUCAGGGAGAGAUUCAACCUGAUCUGCAACCAGAGGAUUCACAUUGGGGAACGGCCCUAUGAGUGCUUGGAAUGUGGGAUGAGCUUCAGCCACAGCUCCGACGUGGUUGUCCACCAGAGGUUCCACACCAGGGACAGGCUCUAUGAGCGUCCCAAGUACUCCUGGAAAGUGAUCUAG